CAAUGACGUAAAAAGCCGGUGCCUCUAAAGCAGAGUGACCUUCGUCGUUCGCCACUAAAGGCUGCUCAGCGGAAGGAGUUGCAUCUGUUCUCUGUCCUAGAGGUUUUCCAGCGACACGUUUUAGCCGAAAGAGCUCGUCAUGGGUGACGUCGACAAGGGAAAGAAGGUUUUUGUGCAGAAGUGUGCUCAAUGCCACACCGUGGAGCAGGGGGGCAAACACAAGGUGGGCCCCAACCUGUGGGGUCUGUUCGGGCGCAAGACCGGACAGGCUGACGGCUACUCCUACACAGAUGCUAACAAGAGCAAAGGUAUCAUCUGGGGCGAGGACACCCUCAUGGAGUACCUGGAGAACCCCAAGAAGUACAUUCCUGGAACCAAAAUGAUCUUUGCUGGCAUCAAAAAGAAGGGAGAGCGCCAGGACCUCAUUGCGUACCUCAAGUCAUCCACAUCGUGAAAACCUCAACGAAGGCAAAAGAAAAGCCAGAAUAUUUAAUGUACUCAUUUAGGUUAUUUUUCAGCUCCAUACGUGUGUUUGGUAUCAGGUUUUAUGUUUAGUCAUUUGUACAGAAGGUGUAUUUAUUUUGUUACUUGCAUGGCGGGGAGUGAGACGGAAAAGAACGGUUCUGGGAGUUGUACAAGUGGCCAAACGUAACACUUCAGGACUUAUUAUUUGUGGAUCUGUCCUAAUUAAUGCUAAUCUCAUUUAAAUAUUACUCGCCAUGAUAGGUGGCCUGACCUGUCAUUCAUUCUGUUCUCCAUGGCAACGGUUCAUUUAUAAUGUAAAUCUAAAAAUAGAGAGAAACUACAAUCAUCAGCCAACGGUACAUUGAAGAAAUGUCUGUGAAGGUUCUUGGUGUCGAGUAGAGCUUCUGAGAGAAGCCUUCAACUUAAAUUUUCGCAUGCUGAACUCAGACAAUACCUCCUUUUUUGUUGUUUCGGUGCGACUGAAGGGCCUCCUUCCUCUGAGCUCCCGUUUAAACUCCUGCCUGGCAUCAGACGUGACGUACGUCGAGGAAUCGGAUCGUGCUAAGGGUCACACGCUUUGAUAUCUGCCUCUUCACAGCGAUGAAUUGUGAGUGUUUAAUAUCUUAUCGCAGCCUUUAAAAAACCACCAACUAUGCUCAAGAGUGUGAAAUCAGCUGGCAAUCGAUGGGACAGAGCUUCUGUUUUUCAGAAACUAAAAACUUAUCAAGGGUACAACCUGGACUGACAGAUUACAUUCACCUGGUUUCACAGACUGCUAGUGUCGGUUUAAUUUAUUUUACUGUAUUCGGUGCUCUAAAGACGAGGAUUUUCUAGCUGUGUUGUUUGGUUUUGGACAGAACGGUUGAAAGGUCAAAAUAAAAACUUCAGAAGUCAAAAUAA